AUGGCGCGGGGCUUCGGCGCGUCCUCCUCGCGCGUGGGCGGCCCGUCCGCCUCCUCGGUCUCCAACGGCAGCGAGUCGCUGGGCGCCUCGCGCGUGUGGACGCCUCUGCGCGAGAACCACUUCGAGCCGCCGCUGCUCUCCUCGAGGGAACGCGCCUACCUGGUGCGCAAGGCGUGCGAGGCGGCGCAGGAGCUGGUAGAACGCGCGCGCAGCGCCGGCGGACCCAUCGCCUGGCGCCACGUGGAGAAGAACAACGGCGUGCAGAUCUACGCGGGCUCCCCGCGCGCGUCGGCGUCGGGGUCCGCCGCGAGCGCCGCCAGCAUGUGCGGCGUGACGAGCGUCCCGGGUACAGUGAAGGAGGUGGCGUCGCUCUUCCAGCUCGGUUCUACCCGCCAGAUGAAGGAGUUCGCGCGCGCGCACCGCGAGUGGUUCUACGAUGGCGUCGUGCUACACACGCUGGCUCCGCGCACCAAGGAGAAGCCCCUACACCAGGUCACGGCCAAGUGGAUGGUGGUGCAGAUGCCCAGCGGCGUCCCGCACCGCGACUUCUGCUACCUCGAGUGCCAGGACAAGUUCAUCGACGCGCGCGGGCGCAAGGGCUGGGUGCUGGGGCAGCAUUCCAUCAAGUUGCCAGGCUGCGACGACCUCAAGAGGGAGUUCGGACUGGUGCGAGGCAGUCUGUACCACUCGGGCUUCGUGGUGGUUGAGAGCGCGGAGCGCGCGGGCCAUGUGGACGUCAUUCACCUGGUGCAACUUAACCUUAAGGAGCACACGCAGGUGCCGAUGAAUCUGCUGCGCGCGCGCGUGCUGUUUGUGGCGCAGGUGCGCAACAUGCUGCGCAGCAAGAGGCUCAACGAGCAGCGCUACUUGAGCGACCUGGAGCUGGUGCCCAGGAAGUACCGCGCCAGGUGCGCAGUGUGUCAGGACUCGUUCUCGCUGUUGCUGCUGAGGAAGCUCAACUGCCGGAAGUGUGGAGAGGUUGUGUGUGCCGCCUGCAGCAAGGAGUUCCCCAUUGAGAACCGCAACUUUGCUGCUACGAACGGAGGAGACGAGGUGCGCAAGCUGCGGAUCUGUAUGCACUGCUUCCAGACGAUCACGAACGCGCCCAAGCCGACGACGGCGUUGGUGGAGCCGCCGCACUCGUCGACGAUGUCCAUGAGCUUCUUGGGGUACCAUGACGACGACCGGCGCGCGUCCUACAUGACGUCACGCGUGGGUCACCACGGACCUCGGGAAGGGGAGAACGAAGCGCCCAAGAUCUUCUUGCAGUCCAUGCGGCGUGAGAAACCCUCACGUCGGCGCAUGUCCAGCACCUCGCCGAUUCCUGGAUUCGGCGCGGAUAUGCCGCCGUCGACCUCUCGGCAUCGCACGCGUGGAGAACAAGAUUCGGACCUGUACGAGCGCUCGCAACGUUACCAGCAGCAGCAACAUGACCACGGACGCUCCCACAAUCACCGGACCAGCCAGCGGAUGCGUCCGUCGGACUUCCGUCCAAGUCAGAGUCUGUCGCUGGAUGACCCUAUUGCUCGAGGUGAAGGACGCUACACGCUGCAGAUGCCGGGACCGCCGCCGGUGCAGUCUCCUGCAUCCAUCUUUGACCGGCCUGCCCCGUCGUCCUCGCGGCGCCAGCCCAGCGGUCUUCCACGCAGCAACAGUAGUGACAUGCUACUGGGAACCGGGAGUCGCAAUAUGAGCAACUUCAGUCGACUGCAGGAGUUGAGCAGCCGGGAGCGAUUGGAGCAGCUACAGCGCCAAGGAAACUACAUGUCGCGCUCGAGCAUGGACUACCGCGCCCCUGACGCCUACAUGUCCGCGUUGCAGCAAGCGAGCCGCGACAAGCGCGACUUCGACGCGGCUCCUCCGAUGUGUGCGGCGCCGCCGAGCGAUUUUGGCGCGUAUGGCGCGCAUCUGCAGGUCACCCCUCCUGACUUUGGUGCGUAUGAAUCGUCGUCAUUGGAUGAGCCUGACGUGGCACCUCCGCUCGACAUGAGCGCCCUUACAACGUCCAUGUCAGCUGUUCCGAUUGAGCUCAACAGCAGUACCGGUAUUAAAAAGCCCGUCGAGCCUGCGUCAUCAUCACGGGAUGGUGGACGCGAGCGCGAGCUCUUACGUCGACGCGAACGCGAGGUCGAACAGCGCCGCGAGUCUACGAGCUCGGAUUCCUCUGCGAGCUCAAUCGAUAUCGAUACGUACGAUGAUACCACGAAUCUUGCCGUGGUCCCGCCAAUUGCCGAGCAGAAGCAGGAUGCGAGAUCAGCGCAACACAGCGUGAAGGCUCAUGUCCACGACACCGAUGAAGACUCGGAGGCAUCCAUGGGCGCCUCAGACGAUGAAGAGGGGCCUCGGGUGAGUGCCAAAAUUGCGGCAUCGCCUAGCAGGCUCCCGCCUCGAAGACCGCUUGACGAUAGCGCAGAGGAGACGAAGGCCCACGAAUUUGCAGGAACCCCAGCGCUGCCACCCCCCUCUCCGUCUGCGCACACCGUGACACGGCAGAUUCUAGAGCGUCCAUCCAUUGCGAACUCGACGGCAGGCUCGCUACCAGGGGACGCAGUGCCGACUGAAACUGAGGGUAAGACUGGCGUAGAAAUUAUAGCGCCCAAGGAGUCCGAGGCCGUUGAGGAAGACCUUAUUGAUCAUGACCCUCAGCUACAGCGCUCGAAGGUGGAAGACUUGGUCGACCAUGAACUGCAGCGCUCAAAGGUGGAGGACCUGAUUGAUCACGAGCUGCAGCGAUCGAAAGUCGAGGACUUGAUCGACCACGAGUAUCAGCAGACGCAGUCGUCGGAUGAUGGCGUUACUAGCGCUGAACAGCGAGUAUCGGAGGUUGGUAAGAAUUCGAAGAAUUACUCAUUCCAAGAGCGCUACGGCCACCUGGAGACCGACGCGGACCUGCUCAACACUGCCGGCUGUGAUAUGAACUACCUCGAUGCCGACAUGCGCCAGUUCCAUGAUCAGUCACUGUUCAUUCGUCAAAGCCGUGAUGGAAGUGCACCGAGCGAUGUCAAUGGAGUGACGCCUCCUUAUGAGCGGAUGCCCACGUCGCCAAAGGGAGAGAACUCCAACGUCGUGGAUUUGGUCAAGCCCUCGCAGCCCACCAUCGACCGCGAAGGUACAUUUGCCCUUGAUCUUAGGAGCACGGAUGGCAGCAUGCAAUCGUGGAACUCCCGUAACAGUUCUGCGAACCACGUAGCACUGGAUGCCCGAACGACAGGAAACGAGGUGAGCUCACCAACUGCUGCUUCGUCAACGCGUACGGAAGACCGUUUUGCUACCAACUCCGAUCUUGUUUCGGGUCCUGUGAAUAGUGUUGCCGAGGACCUGGUCUUCCAUCGUGAGAGCGAAGUCCCUCGACCGAGCGACGUUGAUGCUGCCGAAGAACAAGACGCGGUAGUGCCCCCUCCUGUUAUUCCGGUGGCGUUGGCUGGCAGCCAAGACGAUGGAAUUGUGCAGACAAGCGGCGACGACGUCUCGGAAAGCAGAUCGCGCGCUUCGAGCAGAGCGUCGUACUCGUCUCUCAUUAGCAGCGACGGUCGCAGAAGCAGCACGUGCAGCAUGGGGCUGGACGCCGUGACACCGCCUGCGACUCCGCCAGCAGUCUCACCGGUUGCAAUCGGUCGCCUGUCGGCUACAUCAGCAUCAUCUCCGGUGGCGCCGACUUUGGAUCCCGCGCGUUCCAGUGAAGCGCCCAGCUCUAGCGGUGCACCGCCAGCAUACGUUCCCGAUCGGUUCCGGACGAUGGAACAGCUCCAGCAAUCGCAACAGCAAGAGCAACAAAAGGUGGACCCUGCGGCGUCAACCACCCCACGUCAGAGCACCGACAGCAACGGGACCCUGGACAAUUUCCAGCUAAACUUCUCGGCAUCCUUCAACGCCCAUCAGGAGCAGAAGCCACACCCCAGUGAAAGCGGUGUCGUCGAUGGCCUCUCGCAUCUGCCGCCUCCUCCUACCGAUGAUCGGAACCGCGCGAGCAGCACCGGCAGCAACGAUGUGCAAGUGCUGCGCUAUCAGUCCGUUGGCUCGUCAGUGCUGGACACCGUCCCUGAUACGGCCAGGCUUUCAAUCUCGGAUGAUGACGACAGCGAGAACGAGAACGUGCUGCUGUCUGCGCGUAAGCUGUACGGCAAGUUCGGCAACACGAAGCAGUUGUCGCGGCUCGGUGGCAACCGCCCCGGAUUCCAGCACACGCUCAGCCAAAUCCAGCAGAGCUUCGACCAGUUGAGCGACAGUGAAGACGACGAUGAUGAGGACACUCCAGCGGCUCCUCGACGGUAGGCGGCCGAUGCAAGGGGUGCUAUAACUAUCAGUCUGGUUCGUGUAAAUGAACGUGUAGAUGUCCGUACCAAGGGGCGAC